GAAAGCUGUAUUGCUGCAGUAUCACAGAAGAUAUCGAAGGCCCACCCACUUGCUCGUCUAACAUGCAGUGGGUGCGUUCCCGUUGCUGAUGGUAGCUAUCCAGUGCACUCUCUCACACACAACUCUCACUUUAUCCAUCUUGCCAAUGGAACAUGGGCAACUGCGUGAACCGAACAGGCCCACACCAUUGGAGUGGUACGGGUGGUCUUGAAUUACAAGUUGCUGCUGUCAAGGAAGCACAAAAGGAGAUUCGUGUCGCACAGCAAGAAAUCCAAGAUGCAGAAAAGGGCCUUCUCGAGGAAACCGACCAAGAACGCAAGGAAAUUUAUCGCGCCAAACUUCGUCGGGCCCAACAUCAACGAGAAGCUGCCCAGGAUCUGUUGCAUCGUCAUUUGCGAAUGGCCAAUGCACGAGACAUGAUCCAGCUGAUUGAAGAAUCGGUCAACGUGCAAAGGAGAGAAAUCGAGUCUUUGGAACAAGAUCUCGCAAACCAACAAGCAGCAGAAAUACCUGACAAAGAACGACAAGAAACAAUAGUCAAGACUCUAAACCAAAAGAAGAUGGAGCUAUCCAACAAUGUCAAACGACAACAGCAGUUCUACAGCGUGGUGCACGAAAAUCUACACGUGCAAGCGAAGAUCGGUGCCAGGGUGGAUGACACUCCCAAUGAUACUACUACAACACACGGUGACAAUGAUGUGCUGGCUACAAACGAUCAGAAGACGACACAGGCACAAACAAAGCACGAAACACAAAGGUAUACAUCCACUGACAAUAGAGAUCAGGAAGAGUUUCACAACACUGAACCAAACCCUGACCAACGAGAAUCCCCAGAUAUCAGCAUAGCUGACAAACAACGUGUCAAGGACGAUCACGACUUGCGAGCUCGGGUGGCCGAGUAUCAUGGAUUCUCCGAAAGGGAAACUGAGUCAAAGAUCGUUUUAGCUCGGUGCUGCGUGACACAGGUGGUAGGAGACGAAGAUCAAGUCCUCAUGACGCACCUAAUACCUAGGGGAUCGCGCACUCCCAUCCUGGAGUUUUUGGGAAUCAAUAAUCUACCAAAUGGAAUUGACAACUUUGGCAAUCUCAUUCUGCUGGUCAAGAACAUCAAACUGGCUUAUGAUGCUCAGAGACUAUGCUUCGUCAUGAAUUCUGCAGAAGAAGACCCGGCAUCUAUUGUCCUGAAGAUACUCGACCCACUGCUGGAAAAAGAACCUAUCUACGAUGGAGCCACUGCGACUAUUGGGAUGUUUGACGGUAGUCCAUUAUUGUUUGAUGAACGGAAAGUACCACUCACUCGGGUCUUGUCGAUGCAUGCUAGGCUGGCAUAUUCCGGUGCCAAGGACAAGAAAUGGAUCCCAAAAGAUGCCGUUCUGCCAGAAGAGUUCGGGUCUCCUCUUGCAAACGAUACAAUUGUGGUCAUGUCAUCAAAGUCGAGACGAGGGAGGCAAAAACGACGCAAGGGAAAGCGCGACAAGGACUGUCAUCAAUUUGAAACCGUCGAAGCCGUUCCAUCGUCUAAAAUGGUUAGGGAAAGACGGAAAAGGGCAUCCUUCAAGAGUCUGACCACCAGCAGAGAGUUUACCGAUCUAUUGUUUUGACCAAGGCGUAUACAACUAUGUAGUUCUACCUUACAUGAGGCGACAUGUUUUGUUCCUGCUGUGCAUUCUGCCGGUGCACGCGUACAUGUACCAAUUGGCUUUCGACAAUCGUCGCAAGCAACCUGUUAGUUCUGUGC